AUGCGGCGGUUGCAUCCUCUUCUUCUCUGCUUCCUCGCCCUGCUGCUGCUGCUGAUGACUGCAGCCCUGACGCAAGCAGCCUCACUGGAAAAGAUCACGUCAGAGGAUGACACAUUGCAAGCCGGAGACGAGAUGCAGAUGUACGUGGACGCAGAUGAUGGCGUCGAGGGCGGCGAGGCGGUCGAGGAGCUUGCUCGGGCGUCUAAUCCGCUCGCACCAGCCGGUUGGUGGUCGCGCUUACGCAGACGUAUCGGUCGAUUCCUGCGAGGA